UUUUUAGUUAUAGUGAAAUGGUUUGCAUAUUCGAUUUUAGCAAAGAGAUCGCCUGGGAGCGAGGCUACCUAAAGAAAAAAUGCCUUCAGUUGGGUGUGGAACAAGAAUAUGGUUCGUACGAGAGACGGCUGCGCUGCAGCUCGACCGGUGUGUUUAUCUUCCUGCACACUGCUUUGACUGCGCUUCACUGUAUCCUGCUGUUAUGGACAUGUGACUAUUGUGAAAUAAUUUAUUUCGAUGUUUUCUUGUAUCUGGUCAAUGCAACACUCACGAUUCUGGUGCUGAGUACCAACUUUAACGAUAAGUUUGUGGAGGCACAUAGUUGGAUAAUGCUUGUCACAUCACUGGCUGUCGUUUUUCUGAUGGUUGUAGUGGAUCUAAUACUUCACUUGUAUCAUUAUUAUUUUAACGACUGGAAUAUCGGCACGUUCUACGAUACAUACGUUCUUCUAAUGAUAUAUUUAUUUCUCCCCGUUCCCUUUCUCAAAUGGCCGAUUAUACUUGGAUGUUCGGUAUCUAUAAUCUACACCAUUUAUAGGUUUUGUUACACAUCUACCAGGUAUCCCAUCGUGGAGUUCUUCGAUGCUACGAAUAUGCUUCAUCAUUUGUGCCUCAAUAUUAUGGGCAUUUUUUAUCGCGGGAUAAGCGAUAUCGUUUUGCGCUCUUCGUUCCUCGAUCGUUAUCAGUAUGUGAUGGAGGAUGUUUCGCUACGCAGUGCACGUAAGCGGGAGAAACUCCUGCUGGACAGCAUUCUUCCACCUCAAAUAGCACGACCCUUCCAAGCGGACAUUCGCAAUCGCAUUGCCUUGGCGGGCAAACGAAAUCGAAAAUCUAUCCAGAACAUGAGCCAGCAUAUUAUGGCUAUUGAAAGUCAUACCGAUGUCACUAUCCUGUACGCAGAUGUUGUCAACUACACCCAUCUAACCACAACUCUGACAGUAAAUGAACUUGUCACUCUGCUGCAUGAUUUAUAUGGCAGAUUUGAUGUUGCAGCCGGACACUUCAAUGUGCAACGCAUCAAAUUCUUAGGUGACUGCUACUAUUGUGUGGCAGGUCUGACACGACCUAAUCCGGAUCAUGCCAAGUGUUGUGUCGAACUGGGACAUUGUAUGAUUGCAAACAUUCGGGAAGUUCAACAGCACAGAAAUCUGAACAUUGAUAUGCGUAUUGGUGUACACUCUGGCUCAAUACUGGCCGGCGCUAUAGGCAUAGCAAAGUUGCAGUUUGACAUUUGGGGAAAUGAUGUGGAUAUUGCGAAUCUAUUGGAAUCGACAGGCUUGCCCGGACAUAUUCAUAUCAGUCAAAGGACACUUGACAUGAUGAUCGACCACUCGUACGAGAUUCUACCCGGCACCCAGGAGGCCCGCGAUAAUCCCUAUUUGCAAAGUAACAGAAUUCGAACGUAUCUCAUUGCUGGCAUCGAUAUUUACAUAGUUGACUAUGAAUUCUCAAGUAAGGAGUCCAUUAGCUUCGAUAGAAACUCCCUUAAUGAUUCGCACAAUGGAAUUGUCCUAGAGCUGCGUAAGGAGCUUGCGAAUCUGCCAACUGGUGCUUUUCACAUUAAGAAUCUUCUUGGAUUUUUCAAAAAGAAACAAACAAAGUAUGAUCGCCCAUUGUUCGGAUUUUUCUUACUGCACUUUUUCGAUCCUCGUCUCGAGUAUAAAUAUAUGCGACAGCCAGAUUAUUUGUUAAGGUACAGCGUACUGCUAUCAUGGUGUGUUGGCAUCAGUUUAAUCUACAUACAGAUGAUAUCAAAUAGUGGCCGUGAAUCCAAUCACUAUUUUGUUGUCGCCAGUUUUAUAAUAAUGAUGACCCUGCAGCUCUUCAUAACUUGGUACAAGAAAGUCUGCCAUUGGCGAUACAAAAAAGUGCCUACUCACAAGUUUUCCAGCUUUAGUUGUUUGAUAUUUCGCAUUGCGGACUUCAUUGAACGGAAUCUCAUUAUACGAAUGGUUAUGUACAUGCUCACUAUAAUAUCAUACUACUGUGUUAUAGCUCUGGUGCUGAUGGACUGUGAUAUUAAGAUGUUCGAGUUGGCGCAUAUUGAGAGCAAGCUGUAUCAUUAUGAAUCAGAUCCAUAUCUCUGCUUUCAGCCCUGGGUACUCACAGACAUGGUAUGCUUAAUAUUGGGCAUUAGUAUGCUAUUCGCACGUAUACCCUGGAUGGUAAAGAUCAUAGUUAGCACACUGGAAGUGGCAACGUAUUUGCUUCUUAUGCUUUUUCAAUUUGAAUACAUUAUUCAUCAUAGCAGCACAACGAAUCCAUACUUUCAAUCAGAAUAUGCGCACAGCUUGAUUCUUGUAAUUACAUUGAUAAGCCUAUAUUUUAUGCAGCGACAGGCGGAGUUUAACAACAGGGUCAACUUUAACUGGAAAAUGGAGCUGAUAAGAAAACAGCAGGCUGCGAAUAUCACCAAUAAAUCGAUAACUAUUUUACUGAAAAACAUAUUGCCAUCCCAUGUCGUCAAUGUCUAUCUGACAUCGCUGGCCAAAAACGAGCUUUACCAUGAAGACUACAAAAUGGUAUCCGUUAUGUUCGCCUCCCUUCAAAAGAUUCAAAUGGAUUUGCCCAAUUUGCGUAUUCUCAACGAGAUCAUUUGCGAAUUUGAUCAAGUCUUGUCCCAUUAUAGGAAAGGCUUCUCAGUGGAUAAGAUCAAAAUUGUGGGCAGUACUUAUAUGGCAGCCUGUGGACUGGACCCACGAUUCUCCAGUUCUCUGUACGAGCGGAAAAGCUCAUAUGAAUAUUCUUAUAAUGCUUAUCGUAACCGACGCCUUACUCAUUUCGCUAAAGAAAACAAGUCGAAUGACGACAUAAGUGUGCAGAAUGAAGAAGUGGUCUUUGUACUAACUGCUUUUGCAUUGGAUCUAAUGCGAACUGUGUGGGUGUGCAACAAUGUCUAUGACAGAUUUCCCACCGAUCGUCAAUUGUCUGUUGGUGAACUGACCAUUGGCAUAUCCAGUGGCGAGGUAAUGGCCGGCGUUGUCGGUGCCUCCCAGGUGCACUAUGAUAUCUGGGGAAACCCUGUGAAUAUGGCAUCACGCAUGAAUUAUACAGGAACUGCCGGCAAGAUACAUCUAACCAAGGAGAGUGCCUUAAUACUGGACAAAUACGGAAUACAAUGUGACUACCGUGGCAUGACCUUUGUCAAGGGUCGUGGCGAGCUACCGACCUAUUUUGUGGGCAUCGACGAGAACUAUGAGUUCAAGCACACUCCAGCGUACGCCGAGGGGAAAGUAUCGAUAUUUGUACCAGAGGACAAUAAUCUUAAUGAUACCGAUUCUAAUGAAUGAUUUAGAUAUAUAUUUUGGCCACG